UUCCAAUGAUGUAUCACACAUGCAUACAGGACAAUUUUGAAAUUUGGCCAAAUUGGGGGUCUUAGAGCGGAACUUCAAGUCACCUGAGUGUUUUCCGCCAUAUACAUAUAUGCUUUAAAAAUGUUUUAAAGUCGAAAAUGUUUUUAUUGUUUUUUUUUUUAAUCAUUUUUACGUUAUGAAAAAAGACGGACAUAAUUUAUACCAAGCGACAUUUCAAACAAUUUGAUUUAAACAGAAGCUUUGUCACUCCGAGAAUUUCGUGUAGGCGUUUUUGCACUAAUUAAGUCAUUUAUUACCACUUGUCGAGGUUUUGAAGCUUCCCGCCGGAUGCUUUCUUGCUCUUGCUUUUAGCUUCCACCACAUGCCAAUAUUUGCCUUCAACUUUCCUCCAUGUGUCGGGUUGUUUGCAUUCAAAUAGUUCACUCAUGGCUCACAGCAAAGUCAAACGCCACAAUGUAACGCGCCGCUGUUAAUUAGGCUGGUUUGCCAACUUGAUGUAUAAUUAGCUAAUCAAAACGAAGUUAUGUGACAUUUCCGCAUUGCUCCGACUGAAAUAUCGCGUAAAGCUAAGUUAGUGACAACUGUGUUCGAGAUUUCUGAAAAACUGCAAGAUAGUGCAGCCACUUUCUUGGAAAUGCAGACAGUCCGAGCUAUUUCCAGACACAGGACCUCGACCCCCAAACAUGAAGACCCUUCAACAUUGGAGAGCGUGAAGUGGAUUUUGAGCUGCUGCAGAAGUUGAAGGGGUCAGCAGUUCUUCACCAAGUUGGAACAUGGAGAAAAUGUCCCGGGUCACCACAGCCCUGGGCAGCACCGGCGUCAGCGGCCGGACCAUGUUCUGCCACCUUGACGCGCCGGCCAACGCCAUCAGCGUGUGCCGCGACGCCACGCAGGUGGUGGUAGCCGGCCGCAACAUCUUCAAAAUCUACGCGCUGGAGGAUGAACAGUUCACCGAGAAGAUGAACCUGCGCGUGGGACGCAAGCCGUCACUCAACCUCAGCUGCGCCGACGUCAUGUGGCACCAGAUGGACGAGAACCUGCUGGCCACUGCCGCCACCAACGGCGCAGUGGUGACGUGGAACCUUGGCAAGCCGUCGCGCAACAAGCAGGAUCAGCUGUUCACCGAGCACAAGCGCACGGUCAACAAGGUGUGCUUCCAUCCCACCGAGGUGUACAUGCUGCUGAGCGGAUCGCAGGACGGCUUCAUGAAGUGCUUCGACCUCCGCAAGAAGGAGUCCAUCAGCACUUUCUCAGGUCAGUCAGAGAGUGUACGAGAUGUCCAGUUCAGCAUGAAGGAUUAUUUCACCUUUGCCGCUUCCUUCGAGAACGGAAACGUCCAGCUUUGGGACAUCAGGCGCCCUGACCGCUAUGAGCGAAUGUUCACCGCUCACACAGGCCCUGUUUUUUGUUGCGACUGGCACCCGGACGACAGGGGCUGGUUAGCUACAGGCGGGCGGGAUAAAAUGGUAAAAGUCUGGGACAUGACUACAAACCGCGCCAAAGAGAUUUACUGCGUCCAAACCAUCGCCUCGGUGGCGCGCGUCAAGUGGCGCCCGGAGAGGAAGUUCCAUUUGGCUACAUGCUCCAUGAUGGUGGACCACAACAUCUACGUGUGGGACGUGCGCCGGCCGUUCAUCCCCUUCGCCACCUUCGAGGAGCACAAGGACGUGACCACGGGUAUCGUGUGGCGACACCAGCAUGACCCUCACUUCCUGCUGUCUGGCUCCAAGGACAGCACAAUGUACCAGCACAUGUUCAAGGACGCUACGCGACCGGUUGACAAAGCAAACCCGGAGGGACUGUGCUUCGGCCUGUUUGGCGACUUGGCCUUCGCAGCUAAGGAGAGUCUGAUUAGCAGCGACGCCAACAGGAAGUCCUACCCCGGCGGCGACCGCCGCUACCCUAUCUUUUUCUUCAAAAGGCCCGACCCGACGGAACAAUUCGCUCACGUGUCCAGCGCCCUCAGCGUCUUCGAGACUGACUUGGACAGCAAUCGCAUGGACUGGUUCGUCAAGACUGCGCAACUCUAUCUCCUCGGCGGGAAGCCUUUCGCCGAACUGUGCGACCACAACGCCGAGGUGGCUCGGCAGCUCAAAAGACCACAGGUUUCCACAACAUGGACCAUGUUGAGAAUCAUGUUCUCGGACCCGGCAAACAUCACAACUCCCGGCAAACUCGGCACACUACCUCUCAUGAACAGCUUCAGUAUGAAGGAGCUGGUCAACGAAAGCAGACUGGAACGCAACAAAGGUGACGGCAGACAGGACAACAUCCACUUGGAACCAGAAAACAUCAGCAAUAAUAACGAAGAAAACGAGGAGACUGAGGGAAGUGAAGGCCAAGCAGAGUACAUGUUCGGGGACGCCGAGCUGGAUGAUGACGAUCUUUAUUCGGUGGAACAUGACAACCAGACGGCAGAGGAGCAGGAGUGCACGCUCCCUCAGGAAGCUUUCCAGCUACGUCACGACAUCCUGGACAAUCCGUCGGCGCCGGAACACUUGCAACAGGACAAGGCCGAUUCGCCGCACGUCAGCGGCAACGAGGCCGAGCCGGUGUGCCUGACGCCCAUAGAGUCCUUCUCACUCAUCUCCAUCUCGCAGCCGCUCUUCACGCCCGAUCUGCCCGCCAGCUUCUUUUGCCCCAUCGUGCGCGAAAUGCUAGGCUACUACGCCGAGAAGGGCGACGUGCAGAUGGCAGUCUCCGUGCUCGUCGUAUUGGGCGAGCGCAUACGAAAAGAGAUUGACGACCUCACGCAGGAGCACUGGUACAUGUCCUACAUCGACCUCCUCCAGCGCUUCGAGCUGUGGAACGUCUCCAACGAAGUGAUCAAACUAAGCACGUGCGGCGCCAUCACCUGCCUGAAUCAGACCUCCACCACGCUGCACAUCAACUGCAGCAACUGCAAACGGCCCAUGAACAACAGAGGCUGGAUUUGCGACCGCUGCCGCCAGUGCGCCAGCGUCUGCGCCGUCUGCCACCACGUGGUCAAGGGGCUCUUCGUGUGGUGCCAGGGAUGCAGUCACGGCGGGCACCUGGAGCACAUCAUAAACUGGCUAAAGAGCAGCCCGCACUGCCCUGCCGGUUGCGGACAUCUUUGUGAGUACACGUAAAAAAUUAAGGAACCAUCAACAAACCCAUGUGAUCCGAGAGUAUUUUUAGACGCACGUUUAACCUCAUUUUUGUGAAUCGCUCUGAAUAUAACAAAAAUACACGCUGUUAAAAGAAAUUUGUCUACUUUUUUUUUUUUUUAAUUGAGUGUGAAAGUUGGAAAAAGUAAAGCGCGAUGAAUACUUUCAUAGCAAGUAUUCAUCACGCUUUUUUACUUUUUGGGAAUUCAACUCAAGCUUUCAAAAUGCCGUAUGCAAGAUCGGUGGCCAAAAAUGGUACCGCAACCAGGUUCUAAAUACAGUGGUGCCUCGAGAUACGUAGUUUCGGUACACAUUACGAACAUUUUUCAAAGCUUUUUGUUUUCGUUUCAUAUUACAAAAAAAUUGUCAUCAUACAAAAGAUAAUACGUACUGCAAUAGAUAAUUCCUGCAGUGUUUCAUUUAGUUUUACUGAUUUUGGUGGAUACACUGUCCUCUAGUGGCAACAGUGAAUAUGACAAAGCUCAUCUAGCAUGGCUGGAUCCAGCAGCUUCCUGUUAAGACCAAAAUAAUUGUUUAUGCAUUCGUAAUUUAGUUUGGAGGUAUUUUAAGCAGUUUUUUGUGGGAAAAUUUGUUUGAAUGAUUAGUUAAGAGUAGGGUUGUUCCGAUCAUGUUUUUUCGCUCCCGAGCCGAUCCCAAUCGUUUUAGUUUGAGUGUCUGCCGAUCCCGAUAUUUCCCAAUCCGAUUGCUUUUUUUUUUUUGCUCCCGAUUCAAUUCUAAUCAUUCCCGAUAAUUUUUCCCGAUCAUAUACAUUUUGGCAAAGCAUUAAGAAAAAAAUGAAUAAAACUCGGACAAAUAUAUACAUUCAACAUACAGUACAUAAGUACUGUAUUUGUUUAUUAUGACAAUAAAUCCUCAAGAUGGUAUUUACAUUAUUAACAUUCUUUCUGUGAGAGGGAUCCACGGAUAGAAAGACUUGUAAUUCUUAAAGGAUAAAUGUGACUUUGUAUAUUGUGACUAAAUAUUGCAAUCUAGUGUAUUUGUUGAGCUUUCAGUAAAUGAUACUGUAGCCAUUUAACUGUUCUGCCCAAAUGCAUGAUGGAAAGUGCAACCAUGACUGUGCGUAGUGGUACCAAUUGAUCUAUCUUCUUUGCGUUGGGAAAUAACAUAUGGUGUUAAGAAAAAGAUUGACUACUAUCUUUCUUCCCCACAUUGCGUCCCACGAUAUUUCUAUUCGUUGGGAGAGGGAUUGUAAAGCUUUAGCCAAUUAAAAAAAGUCUCCAAAGGCUGCCAAAAUUCACUCUAUUCAUUUUACGCUGCCUUUUAGGUCUAUUUAUAGGUAUAACGGCGCCAUUAAAGAUUGAACGCGACAUUGCGUGAAUGGGUUGUGCAGCGCAUGCGUUAAUUGCGUUAAAUAUUUUAACCAGAUAAUUUUUUUAAAAAGUAAUUACCGCCAUUAACGCAAUAAAUUUGAUAACCCUACUUUAAGUCUAAACUAAAUACUCUGGAUGAGUGUAACACAUUAUGUCUGUAACGUUAAAUACAA